GAGACCCUGAGCCUGCCUGUGCUGGCUGCUUACCUGGACGCCCUGCAGACCCUCAAAGGAAAGAUCCCCACGCUCAUCGACAGGAUGCUGCUGUCCUCCACGGCCAAGACAGGAGCGGCAGGGGCCGAGGCGCUGUCCCUGCUGCUCAAGAGACCCUGGGACCCCGCAGUGGGGGUCCUGUCCCACAACAAACCCAGCAAACUGCCCGGAUCCCCCCUGAUCCUGAUCGCUUCCUCCGGCCCCGCCAACUCCAUGUUCCCCACGUCCCGACGGCACCGCUUCUGGCAGUCCCAGCUCUCCUGCCUGGGAAAGUGUUUUUCAAUCAGUCUUUUAAUCAGCAAGCUGUUGCUCUUGAGGUGUUUCUGUGCCUGGCAGGAGCCUGGCAAAGCAGCCUUCAUUGCCAGGUUGUGCAGGGCUCUGGGAAUGCUGACUGCUGUUCUCCCUGCCCAGGUUUCAGUGAUGGAAUAUGUCACUGCUGUUGUGUGCCUUGGCUUCCCCCUGCUCACCGUGGAUGGCCCCAGAGGGGAUGUGGAUGACCCCCUCCUGGAGAUGAAGACCCCCGUGCUCUUUGUCAUUGGGCAGAACUCUCUGCAGUGCAACAUCGAGGCCAUGGAGGAUUUCCGGGAGAAGAUCCGGGCAGACAACAGCCUGGUGGUGGUGGGAGGAGCAGAUGACAACCUCAGGAUAAGCAAAGCCAAAAAGAAGGCAGAAGGCCUGACCCAGAGUAUGGUGGACAGGUGCAUCCAGGAUGAGAUUGCAGAUUUCCUGACUGGGGUGCUGACCCGAGCCGAGAGCCACUCUGGACCUCAGGACCUGUCCAGCGUGUCCAGCAGCCCCACGUCCAGCCCCAAGAGCAAGGUGGCAGCGCUGUCCCUGGCCAAGCCCAGCCCCGCGGGCCCCACGCAGCUGCUGAAGCGGCCGGUGCCCAGAACAGACACUGUCCUGAGCCACAAACAGGCACAAGCUCAGUUUGCUGCUUUUCUGAAACAAAACAUGCUGGUGAGGAAAGCUCUUCCUCCUGGCACCUCUUCAUGUCUCUUUGUUCCAGUGUCCUCAGAGCACUCGGAAGGGGCUGACAAAGACGAUGUGCGCGUGCAGCUGAAGAGGCACCAGAGCCCCAGCCCGACCCCGUGCGCCAAAGCCUCCAAACGAGCCAAAAUCAAGGUGACCAUUGUCUCCCACGGAGAUGCUGCGGGCGUGGGCAGCGGAGCAGCCCUGGGCACCCAGGCAGAAAUUGUCUCCGGGAAGCCGCUGCCCGUCAGCCAGUCCGUGUCCAGUGCAAAGGAGCUGUCGGGCCUGCUCUCCACCCCCAAGCUGAGUCCAGCAGCAGAGGCCUCUCUGAGUCCAGCUCCAGCCGGGAUCCCCAGCAGCUCAGCCCCCAGUGCUUUCCAGGCCCUGCAGAGCCGGCUGGUGGCCAGCAGCAGCCAUGGCCUGCAGGCCCAGCCYGUCACUGGCCUCACAGGAGCAGCCUCUGCCAGCAGCCUGCUCCAGGGGCUGAGCUUCAGCCUGCAGGACAUCGGCACCAAGUCCUCGAGCCUCCCCGCCGGCGUGGCUGCUGCUGCUUCACCCGUGCAGAGCUCGGCUGUGAAGGCACCCACAGCCCUGCAGAGCCUGGGUGCCAUCACCACGGACACCGGCGCCAUCGUCCGCACCAUCCCCGUGGCCACCUCGCUGUCCCUGGGAGCCUCUGCCGGCGGCAAGCCCACGGCCAUCCACCAGCUGCUGACCAACGGGGGCCUGGCCAAGCUGGCCAGCAGCCUCCCUGGGCUGGCCCAGAUCUCCAAUCAGGCUGCAGGCCUGAAGGCCCCCACGACCAUCACGGUGACGCUGCGGGGACAGCCCGGCCGCGUGGGCACCCUGAGCCAGGCGGCGCUGGGGACGCUGCAGCCCCAGCUGGACGAGCAGACACCGGGCCCGCAGGUAACGGGGACACCCUGCCCUGGGGAACGGGGCCAUUGCUGCUCACCUGRGCUCCUCCUGGCCCUCACAGGGCUGCCUGUUCUGGGGAAGGGGUUUUUGAACCUGGGCUGA